AUGGAGCGAUGCAGCACCGUCAUCACCGCCGGCAGCUUCCUGGUACCUGAUGGAAGCUUUUUGAGGCUUACUGUCACAUUACGGGGAACAAACUUCGAGGCCCUCGUGGAUGAGAUUCAGAAGCACGUGCCUCUCUGUCCCACCUAUGAACAAAGUCCAGCUUUCUUCAAGGAGUGCGCAACGAUAUGGGAAGAACAGAAGCUCCAGCUAGACCAUCAUGCUGCGAGGCACUAUCAUCAGACCCAUGAAAAUAAGCUGCGCAAUGAAAACGCAGAGCUGAAUUAUUUCCUCGACUAUUUAGCCGCGAAUGCGGUUGAGUAUUCGCCAGAGACGUUUGGCUGCCCGAUUCGCAUUAACAACCUUUUU